AUGGACGGACUCAACGCUUCGGAACAGCGUGAGCUGGCUGCUCGCAUGGAGAGAAAGCAAAUGAAGGAGUUUAUGCAGAUGUAUUCCCGCCUUGUACAACGCUGCUUCGACGACUGCGUCAACGAUUUCACCACCAAGUCUCUGAUUGCCCGGGAGGAAGGCUGCGUCCUUCGCUGCGUGGACAAGUACCUCAAGGGCUCUGCUCGGCUUGGAGAGCGUUUCCAAGAACAAAAUGCCGCCAUGAUGCAAAGCGGUCAGCUUCCCGGGCGAUAA